AUGCCCUCCCUCGACAUCGCCACCGUCCGCAGCGCGUUCCCCGCUCUCUCGUCGGGGUUCCUGUACGCCGACAAUGCAGGCGGGUCGCAGUGCCUCGCCGACGCGGUCGCCCACAUCUCCGAUUACCUCCUCAACACCAACGUCCAGCUCGGUGCCGACUACGCUGUCUCGCAGAAGAGCACGUCCCGGGUCGCAUCGGGCGCCGACGCAGCAAAGGAGCUGUUCAACGCUGAUAGCGUCGAUGAAGUCGCGUUCGGGAGCAGCGCGACGAUGCUGGUCGAGAACCUGACCCGCGCGAUAGAGAAGGACGUGAACGAAGGCGACGAGAUCAUCGUCACCGGAGAGCAUGAGGUCCUCGUCUAUCGCCCAGCAAAUGCCGGCCCGUGGAAGCGGCUCGCCGCCCGUCGCGGGGCGAUCAUCAAGCUUUGGCGCCCAUCGCAGAUCGCAGCGUCUCCGAACAACCCCUACGCAGUAUCCCUGCAGCUGGAAGCCCUGCUGCCCCUCGUCACUGCCAAGACGCGCUUGCUCGCGUUCACGGCGUGCUCGAACAUCCUCGGCUCCGUCGUCCCCGUGAAGCAGAUCGUACGUGCUGUACGGGAGAAGGCGCGCGAGCUCGGAGUGCCGAAGCUCGAGGUCUGCGUGGACUGCGUGGCGUACGCGCCGCACCGCCGGAUCGACGUCAAGGACUGGGACAUCGAAUAUUGUGUCUUCUCAGUAUACAAGGUGUAUGGCCCACACGCAUCCGUCCUCUACAUCCGCGCUCCCGCCCUAACCCACUCCCUCUCCUCACUCGCACAUCACUUCCUCUCAGUCGACACCAAGCCCUACAAGGUCCAGCCCGGCGGCCCCGGCUACGAGAUCGUCUACGGCUGCACCGCCGUGCCUCCCUACCUCAAGUCGCUCGCGCCCUCAGGCGCGCUCGCAGACGCGUAUGACCUGAUCGCGGAACACGAGCAGACGCUGCUGACGCCGCUCCUGGCGUAUCUCCGGGGCAAGACGGACAGGGGCGUGCGGGUUGUAGGUGAUGAGUAUGAGGGGCCGAGCCGCGUGCCUACUGUCAGCUUUGUGGUUGCCGGGGAGAGACCGAUACGGAGCAAGGACGUCGUCAAGGCGUUCGACGACAGGGGCGAUAUCGGUAUCCGGUAUGGGCACUUCUACGCGUAUACGCUCGUCGACACGCUGCAGCCGAAGCUCAACGUCGACGAUGCCGUUGUGCGCAUCUCUUUCGUGCACUAUAACACAGUGGAGGAGGUUGAGAAGAUCAUCAAGGUUCUGGACGAGGUCCUAGCAUAG